AUGAGAAGCAAUAAACAGUGUUAUGCAAUUGUAACUAUUCCAUCGAAACAUUGCUGGAUACAAUCUGUGCAAAAGUAUCAACUUAGACCACAACCUGAGCCUCAUGACUCUGGGAAACUAAAUGAAGAGACUAUAAGCUCUCUAGAAGCUACAGAAAAAUCCCCCUCUAAUGUAUCAGCCCAGGCAGCCACUGCCUUUGCCAUCCAAGCUGAAGACAUGGCUGGCCUUAUGACUGACCCAGACAGGGAAAAUAUGGUUUUUAGAAACCCAUCCACUCUCCUAUCUGUGACAUCAUUUAAUGAUGUUGAAGGAGGAGCCAAGAAAAGCGGCAAGUCUUCAGGUCCCAGCGUCUCCGAGCUGAUCCUAAGGGCCGUGGCCGCCUCUAAGGAGCGCAGUGGAGUUUCUCUUGCCGCCAUGAAGAAGGCUCUGGCUGCCGGAGGCUACGAUGUGGAGAAGAACAACAGUCGCAUCAAAGUGGGGGUGAAAGGAUUGGUGACCAAAGGAACUCUCACCCAGGUGAAAGGCACCGGCGCUUCCGGCUCCUUCAAGCUCAAUAAGAAGCAGCUGGAGAGCAAGAAGGCCGCCCAGAAGUCCCUGAAACCCAAGAAACCAGCGGCAAAGAAAGCGGCCAAGUCCCCGAAGAAGCCCAAGAGAGCUCCGAGUGCAGCCAAGAGCCCGAAGAAGGCGAAGAAACCCACAAAAGCGGCUGCUGCCAAAAGCCCAAAUAAGCCUAAAGCCGUGAAGCCUAAGAAGGCGGCGAAGCCCAAAGCAGCCAAGAGUCCGGCCAAGAAGGUAGCGAAGCCCAAAGCCGCCAAAAGCCCGGCCAAGAAGGUAGCUAAGCCCAAGAAAGCUGCGGCCAAGAAGUGAUGGAAGAGCCGCCGUAGCAGCCUCGCUUCCUUGUUAUCCCCCCAAAGGCUCUUUUCAGAGCCACCCACCCUGUCUCGGCAGAGCUGUAGGCGCACGGCGUGACCAGUUGGGGGCACCCUGUGUACAGAUAUUGAGUCACUACAUAACGUUACAGUUCAGCAGUGUCUCCGUGGGAUUUUUGGUUGCUUAUUAAUAGGUAAC